AUGGCCUCAGUUCAGUCUGCGCCCUCCAUGCAGGCCAAUAUCCCUCCUUUCACCCAAAACAUAUCCCAACAACAGGUCCAAGAAGUCUACCAGAAAUUCCAGCGCAUGAAAGCCCAAAAUGUUCCCGAAACCGAUCCCGAAUACCUGAAAGCGCAUCGAUUCCUCGCCGCUGUCCAACAACAACAGAACUACCGCAAGAUGGCCGCAUUGCAGGCACAAAAACAUCAGCAACAACUUCAAGCCCAACAACAACAAUCUCAACAACACGGACAGCAGGUGAACGGGAAUGCCAGCGGCCCUUCGACAAACGGAACAAGCAACAGUCAAUCGGAUUCUGCGGCCGCGGCGGUAAAUGGAACACCUUCUGGACCUAACCCGUCAUCAACAACGAACAGCGCGCAACCCUCGGGGUCACAACCCCAACGCGCCGUAGCGCAAGCGAAUGGGAGCUUCACCCCAGAACAGUUGAAUAUGUUGAGGACGCAAAUAUACGCGUUUAAGAUGCUAUCGAAGAAUCUCUCGUUACCAGCAAAACUACAGCAACAACUUUUCCCUACGCUUAAGCAGCAGGCAGCGACCGGAGUAGACGUCAGUGGAACUUCGGACAAAGUUGCAGAGGGAGGUGCAGAGCCAAAAGAGACUGGUGCGAGUGGGACUGUGCGACCAAAAUCAUUUUUCAAUUCUUACCAGUCCCCAUACGAUCUUCUCGCAAAAGCGAUAAGCUUCUCAGAUCAUUCCCAUCGCACAAGACGCCAAAAGAUCCCCAGUCUCUUACCUAUGGGCAUUGAUAUUGACCAAGUUCGCGAAGAACAAGAACGACUUCUCUACAAUCGAGUCCAGGCUCGCAAAGCUGAGUUAGCGGCACUUCCUGUGAACAUUGCUUCUUGGGACCCGAGUAAAUCAACGGACCCAUCGGCCGACGACACCCUGAAGAUCAAAGCCUUGAUUGAAUACAAGAAGUUGUCUUUGUUGCAGAAACAGCGAGAGUUCCGACGAGAAAUUCAACAGGACUUGUACUAUUAUGAUAACUUGGCCAUGACGGCGAACCGAUCAAUGCAUCGUCGAAUGAAGAAGCAAUCUCUGCGUGAGGCUCGUAUCACAGAGAAAUUGGAGAAGCAACAGCGCGACGCAAGAGAAAACAAGGAAAAGACCCAACAAUCCAAUCACUUGCAGGCCAUUGUUGCUCAUGGUCAGGACAUUCGUAACAAUGCCAUUGGUCAACGCAAUCGUGUUCAGAAGCUGGGACGAAUGAUGGUCACGCAUCACCAGCAUAUGGAACGUGAAGAACAGAAGCGGAUUGAGCGAACAGCGAAGCAGCGAUUGCAAGCAUUGAAGGCCAACGAUGAAGAGACAUACCUCAAGUUACUUGGCCAGGCCAAAGAUUCUCGUAUCACCCAUCUCCUCAAACAAACUGAUGGUUUCUUGAAACAACUUGCCGCUUCCGUGAGACAACAACAACGAAGUGCGGCGGAGAAAUGGGGGGAAGACAAAUAUAUCGAUGAGGAAGAAGAUGAGGAAGAUGAGGAAGAAGAUGAAGAGGGUCAUGGCAAGGUUGAUUAUUAUGCUGUCGCUCAUCGGAUCAAAGAAGAAGUCAACAUACAACCCUCGAUCCUGGUUGGAGGCACCUUGAAGGAAUAUCAACUCAAGGGUUUGCAGUGGAUGAUAUCCCUCUUCAACAACAACCUCAACGGUAUUCUUGCCGACGAAAUGGGCUUGGGCAAAACUAUCCAGACCAUCAGCUUGAUCACCUACCUCAUCGAGAAAAAGCGCCAAACCGGUCCUUUCUUGGUCAUCGUGCCUCUCAGUACCCUCACCAACUGGAAUCUUGAAUUUGAGAAGUGGGCACCUUCAGUCAGUCGCAUCGUGUACAAAGGACCCCCGAACAGCAGGAAACAGCAACAGAUGCGAAUUCGACAAGGCAACUUCCAAGUUUUGCUGACGACCUACGAAUAUAUCAUCAAAGACCGACCGAUCUUGAGCAAAAUUAAGUGGGUUCACAUGAUCGUCGACGAAGGCCAUCGUAUGAAGAACUCUCAGUCCAAAUUGAGUAGCACCAUUACCCAAUACUACACUACGCGUUAUCGACUUAUUUUGACCGGGACCCCGUUACAGAACAACCUUCCUGAAUUAUGGGCGCUUCUCAAUUUCGUUCUACCCACAAUCUUCAAGUCGGUGAAGUCGUUCGAUGAAUGGUUCAACACUCCUUUCGCCAAUACGGGUGGACAAGACAAGAUGGAGUUGACCGAAGAAGAGCAAUUGUUGGUCAUUCGUCGUCUUCACAAGGUGCUGCGGCCUUUCCUGCUUCGUCGUUUGAAGAAGGAUGUCGAGAAAGACCUUCCCGACAAGCAGGAGCGCGUGAUCAAAUGUCGUUUCUCUGCCCUUCAGACUAAGCUAUAUAUGCAACUGAUGACGCAUAACAAGCUGGUAGUGGCCGACGGCAAGGGCGGCAAAACUAGCAUGCGUGGCCUCAGCAACAUGUUGAUGCAGCUGAGAAAACUGUGCAACCAUCCCUAUGUGUUUGAGCCGGUGGAAGAUCAGAUGAACCCCGGCAGAGGGACCAAUGAUUCCAUCUGGCGAACGGCCGGCAAGUUUGAGUUGCUUGACAGAAUUCUACCCAAGUUUCGUGCCACUGGUCAUCGUGUGUUGAUGUUCUUCCAAAUGACUCAAAUCAUGAACAUCAUGGAAGACUUCUUGCGAUUGCGAGGGCUCCAGUAUCUUCGCCUUGAUGGCGCCACCAAAGCGGAGGAUCGGUCCGAACUGCUCCGUAUUUUCAAUGAGCCUGGAUCACCCUACUUCUGUUUCUUGCUGUCCACCCGUGCGGGUGGCCUUGGUUUGAACUUACAGACUGCAGACACCGUCAUCAUCUAUGAUUCGGACUGGAAUCCUCACCAAGAUUUGCAGGCACAGGAUCGUGCCCACAGAAUUGGCCAGAAGAAUGAGGUUCGAAUUUUGCGACUCAUCAGCUCUAACUCGGUCGAAGAGAAAAUCUUGGAGGCGGCUCAAUUCAAGCUUGACAUUGAUGGCAAGGUUAUCCAGGCCGGCAAGUUCGACAACAAAUCCACCAAUGAGGAACGUGACGCAUUCCUGAAAACUCUCCUGGAGUCGGCGGAAGCGGCUGAACAGGUGGGAGACCAAGAAGAAAUGGAUGAUGACGAUCUCAACGACAUCAUGGCUCGAACCGAAGAAGAAUUGGCCAUCUUCAAACAGAUGGACAAGGAGCGUAACGAAACUGAUGACUACGGGCCUGGUCGACCACUUCCACGAUUGAUGGGCGAAAGUGAGCUUCCUGAGAUAUACAUGGCCGAAGAUAACCCUGUGCAAGAAGUGGAGGAGGAGUACACAGGACGAGGCGCUCGUGUCAAGACUCAGGUGAAGUACGAUGACGGUCUCACGGAAGAGCAGUGGCUUGCGGCCGUGGACGAUUCAGAUGACUCGAUUGGCGAAGCUGCAAAGAGGAAGGCGGCACGCAUCGAGAAGCGACGGUCGAACAAGGCCAAACGUGAACGAGAGGCGGCGGGGAUUGUUUCGUCUCCUGAGCCUGAACGUGAUAGUUCCGAAGAGGAGCCUCAGCCCAAGAAGAAAGGUCCUCGAAAGUCCGCGGGUCAGAAACGCAAAGGCGAGGAUCUUGAAGAAGAGACGCCGGCAUCAAAGCGAAAGCGGGGCAAACAAAGCCACAAGGCUACAGACCCGCUAAGCAGUGCAGAUCGUACGGCGUUGCAGAAGGCCCUCAAGACCGUUUUUGAGUCGAUCAAGGCGUUGGAAGUACCAGACUCGGAUCCGGAAGAACAAUCGGAGGAUGACAGCGACGACGAGCCACCCACUCGAUUGAUCAUUGGACCGUUCUUGGAACUUCCUCCCAAGAAGAUGUAUCCCGACUACUACAAUUUCAUCCAGGAUCCUAUCGCCAUGGACAUGAUUGAGAAACGCAUCAAUAGUCACCAAUAUUCGAGUCUCAAAGAUCUGAGCAAUGAUAUUGCCCUACUGGCCAAAAAUGCUAAGACUUACAACGAAGACGGCAGCAUGUUGUACAAUGAUGCGAUUGCCAUCGAGAAUUACUGCAACGAAGCUAUUGCAAAACAAAUUGGCGAAAACCCGAACCUUGGGCAUAUAGGGGAGAAAAUUCCUCUCGAUGGGGAGUCGACCGCGGCGGCAUCCAGUGCUGGGACACCUCGGGGGUCGGUGGCACCUGCGGGGGGAACUAAACUGAGGUUAACAUUGGGAGCAGGUAGCAAUGGGUUUGCUACGAAUGGAACGACGAGCGGAGCCGCGAGUGGAACGGAAUGA